CCAACGAAGGUGGAGAAGCUGACCAAUAUACCACAGUUGCAGACCUUACUCUUCAUUCGCAGAACUGGACAAUAUGCGUAAUGUUGUUGGAGCGUUCUGGGGAGAGGACUUCUACCAAAACCGGGCACAACUACAAGCGAUAUGUCUUUGUUGACCCGCAGGGCACAAAGCUACAAGCGUGCACUUUCCACCAUGACAUUGUCAAACUAGAUGCAUGCCUUCAUCUGUUUGAGACGUACGAAAUCUUCGGAGCAAUGUCAAGGCCAACGACCGUCGCACUAGAAGGUUAUAACGCAAAUGUUCAAAUCACACUGAAUCAAAGGUCAAGCAUAACCUCAGUUACGGAAAACCCAAUUAGCAUGUUUGUUGGUCGGCCAGAAUUUGCUCGAUAAGCAACUCUUCCAAAGCAUCUGGAGGAGAAGCGACUGAUAGGUAAUAAUGUCCAUGAAAUACGCCAGCGGAGCGGGACACAUUUCCUUAUUUACCUC